GUUCUAGAGCUACAACUGAGGUUACCAGAAGUCCACCAGCCAGAGUCGCCCAGCCAUGGUAGCACUGACGCUGAAAUGAUUGCUGGUGCGGCCGUGGCAGCCCAACAGGCUUUAAACUCCGCUUACCGCGUCUUUUUGGUUGUCCUCUUCACCCUGAGACUGUGCCCAGAGAACUCAAGGGACGCGUGUCUACAGGUAGCUCACGGUCAUUCUAUGCGACUCAAUCAAUGCCAACAUCAUUCUAUUAUCACGGCCGGAUCUUCAUUCCUUACUAAUCCCAGCAGAUAG